AGCCCAGCGAUGGCUCGGGCGCGUGUGCGACCGCGCAUGGCCAUGGCGAUGCCGCUGAGUGCCGGCUUGGCUUUCCAAGUGCAAGGCUGGGCUGCACCGAACCUGCGAGAGGCGGGCAUUGCGCAGCCGGCUGCAUGCCCGAAACCUCGUUCCCAAAGCCGUGCCUCAGCCCAAGCGGUGUCUUCGACCCCAUCCUGGCGGCGCCGCUUCGUGAGGCCAAGGGCCUUUGCACCCAGCAACACGGCGCCAGGAGGAUCCAACAGCGGCGCCAAGAACGCAGCCCUUGUGUUGCAGGAGCAGUGGCGGCGGGUUCAACCCAAAGCAGAACCAGAUGAGUUUCGUGUCACCAUACGCGUGAUACCCUUGUUGCUUGCGCAAGGGGUUUGGUCCUGCUUCGUGGUGGGCUUGCACUUGGUGACGGGGUGGCGUCUCAGCAAUCCCUCCAUCAUCCACCCGCUGCUAGUAGGAGUGCUGGGCUUGCUCUUGGCCUUCCGCACCAACCAGGCCUAUGAGCGGCACUGGAGCUGCGGGAAGGCCUUAGCAGAGCUGCAGAAGGUGCUGCAGACAAUGCUGAGGUACGCUGCGCAUCUGUCCAGGGAUGACUGGGAGAUCUACUCCUGCAUCGUCAGACAUUUGAUAGCCUUCCCCAUUGCCCUGAAGCAGCACCUCAAGCGCAGCCGAGACCCGGAGGAAUACAUGAAGGUCUUGGAGUAUGCUGAGGUGGACGAUGUGUGUCGAACGGGACGGCCGCACACGCUGCUGCUCUCGAGCUUGGCGAUGCUGAUCAGGCCGCUGCGAAACCGCGACGAUGGGCUUGGGAAGAGCCUAGCGCUGUGGAGCCAGAUGGAUGCUUGCAUCACCCAGCUGCAGACUAUAUCCUGCAACUUGGACCUGGUUGUUCAGCUGCCUUUGCCAGCCAGCUACACCGUCCACACCAGUCGCUUCAUCCGGCUGUGGAUGGGCACCUUGCCCUUCGUUUUGCUGGGCUUCAUGCGGCCGAUCUUGGUCACACCGACAGUGCUGCUGAUAGCGUGGGCUCUAUACUCCACGGAGGAGUUGGCACAGAUCAUGGAGGAGCCUUUCGGGGAUGACGCGGCAGGCAAACCUGAGACCAUCAAGCUGGACGUGUUUUGCCGCCGCAUCAUUUAUGCCUUGAAGCAGCAGGUGUGGGUGCAGGAGACGCUGGACAGCCGCGUGAAUGCGCGAAACUGGGUCGUGACCCCUGAGGACUUGCCCACGGUUAGCACUUUGCAGAAGGAGGAGCCCUUCAACUUGAAGGAAGCGUUGGACAUCGACGAUGUUGACGACCAUCGCUGACCCAGCAAGCGCUUUUCCGCUGGGGAACUUGCCCGGCAAUCCCCAGACACGGAUAAAUCGCCAACCGCUGAACAGGUUGCAGGGACGGGAACAGAACUGGCCCUCCGCA